UUAGUGGAAGCCAAUGAAGGGAUUGGCAGAGAGGGGUGGAGGUCACUGAAUGUGGAGGCCAGUGGAGGGAUUUGGCAGAGGGGGGUGGAGGACACUGAAUGGAGGCCAGUGGAGGGAUUGGCAGAGAGGGGUGGAGGACACUGAAUGGAGGCCAGUGGAGGGAUUGGCAGAGAGGGGUGGAGGACACUGAGUGGAGGAUGGCCAGUGGAGGGAUUGGCAGAGGGGGGUGGAGGACACUGAAUGGAGGCCAAUGGAGGGAUUGGCAGAGAGGGGUGGAGGACACUGAAUGGAGGCCAGUGGAGGGAUUGGCAGAGAGGGGUGGAGGACACUGAGUGGAGGCCAGUGGAGGGAUUGGCAGAGAGGGGGUGGAGGACACUGAGUGGAGGCCAAGGGAAUGGAUUGGCAGAGAGGGGUGGAGGACACUGAAUGGAGGCCAGUGGAGGGAUUGGCAGAGAGGGGUGGAGGACACUGAUAUAUGGGGGAGGUAGGUGAUCUG